GCGUCGCCAGUAGACGAUCUCUGUCCAAUGUGAGCCGUCGUGUGCGUCGGCCAGCAGAGAGCGAAGUAACCGCAGUGGCAGGAUGGGGAAGAAACAGAAGAAAUCGGGAGAGGACAGUGCCAAAGAUGAUGGCGUGGACAUCGAUGCUCUGGCGGCCGAGAUUGAAGGAGCCGGAGCCUCCAAGGAGCAAAAAGGGAAGAAGAAGAAGAAAGGAGCUAAGAAGGAUGACUUUGAUGAGGAUGACAUCCUGAAGGAGCUGGAGGAGCUGUCUAUGGAGACACAGGGGGGGAAGAAGAAAGACUCCACAGAAGAAGUGGAGAUGGCAGAGCCUCCCAAACCAGAGAAGAAGAAGACCAGGAAGGGGAAGAAGGGUGGAGGCAGCCCUGAAGAGGAGGAGGGGGAUGAAGGCCACGUUGAUGGAGAGAGGAACGGAGAGCAGGACAAGAAGGCUCCGCCUCCUGCUGCUCCUUCUGAGUCUGACGAUGACAGCACCUCCCGCUCCCGCCUGAAAACCAAAGGUGGAAAGAAAGAGAAGAAAGCCUCAGUGUCUGAUGAAGAGGAGGACCGGGACAAGGACGAAGACAUGAGAAAGCGAGGUGGGCCAAAGGAUGACGAGUCAGAUGUCGAUGAGGAGUUUGCCUCCAGGAGAGACAAGAAGAAGAAGAAUAAAGGGAAGGCAGUGAAGGUGGAGAGUGAAGAUGAGGAGGAGGAGCAGCAGGAUGAGGCUGGCGGCUUCAAGAUGAAGACGGCAGCGCAGAAGAAGGCAGAGAAGAAGGAGAGAGAGAGAAAGAAGAAGGAGGAGGAAAGGAUGAAGGCUAAGAAGAUGAAGGAGAAGGACAGCGUUGUGGAGGCUAAAAAAGAACCAGAGAAGAAGACAACAGAGGCCACGCCCCCUCAGACGGAUCCACCUGCAGCUGUGAUGGAUGAACCAGAGGGGGCGGAGCCAGCAGCAGAGGGAGAGGACAUCGAGGGGGACAAGAAGAAGAAAGACAAGAAGAAGAAGAAGGGAGAAAAGGAGGAGAAGGAGAAGAAGAAGGGUCCCAGCAAGGCCACUGUGAAGGCCAUGCAGGAGGCUCUGGCCAAGAUGAAGGAGGAGGAGGAGCGGGCUAGAAGAGAGGAAGAGGAGCGGCAGAGGAGACUGGAGGAGUUGGAGAAGCAAAGGCAGGAGCAGGAGCGUCUGGAGCAGGAGCGCAAGGAGAAGAAGAAGCAGAAGGAGAAGGAGAGGAAGGAGCGGCUGAAGAAGGAGGGGAAGCUGCUGACGAAGGCCCAGAGAGACGCUCGAGCUCGGGCCGAGGCCACCCUGAAGAUGCUGCAGGCUCAGGGUGUUGAAGUGCCAUCCAAAGACUCGGUGCCAAAGAAAAAGCCGGUUUACGGAGACAAGAGGAAGAAGAAGCCCAACGUCCAGACCCCCGAAGAAACAUCAGAGGUUACCUCGCCAACCUCAGAGACUCCAGAGCCCGUUGCCAUGGAAACAGAGGCUGAGAUGCCAGCAGCAGAGCCAGAGACGAAGCCAGACGCUGCCGUAGACGACUGGGAGGCCAUCGCCAGCGAGGAGGAGAAAGCGAGGAACAGAAGGGCCAGAAGAGAAGCAGAGUUAAAGAAAGUCCACAUUGAGGUUAAAGAGGAGAAGGCUGCUCCUCCUCAGCCUGCUGCAAGCGAGGAGGAUGAAGAUGAGGAGGAGGAGGAGGAGGAAGAGGAUGAAGAAGAAGAUGAAGAUGAGGAGGAAAGUGAGGAUGAUGGUGAGGUGGAGAAAGAGGCGGCUCCAGCAGUUCAGGGGAAAAGGAGAGCAGCGAGUGAGGACGAGAGCAGCGAGAGCGACGAGGAUGAUGGGAGGACGAAGGAGGAGCGGCUGUAUGACCGAGCCAAGAGGAGGAUAGAGAAACGCAGAGCUGAAAAUUUGAAGAACAUCGACACGGACCGGCUGAGAGCGCCGGUGGUGUGUGUGCUGGGACACGUCGAUACGGGAAAGACCAAGAUCCUCGAUAAGCUCCGACACACCCAUGUCCAGGACAGCGAAGCCGGAGGAAUCACUCAGCAGAUCGGAGCCACCAACGUUCCCAAGGAGACCAUUGAGGAGCAGGCAAAGAUGGUUAAAAAUUUUGACAGGGAAAGCAUCAGGAUUCCUGGCAUGCUGAUCAUUGACACACCUGGACACGAGUCCUUCAGUAACCUGAGGAACAGGGGCAGCUCUUUGUGUGAUAUCGCCAUCCUGGUGGUGGACAUCAUGCACGGCCUUGAGCCUCAGACGCUCGAGUCCAUCAACCUGCUGAAGGAAAAGAAGUGUCCCUUUAUUGUGGCCCUCAACAAGAUCGACCGUCUGUACGACUGGAAGAAGAGUCCAGACACUGACGUGGUGGCCACGCUGAAGAAGCAGAAGAAGAACACCAAAGACGAGUUUGACGAGAGAGCCAAGGCCAUCAUUGUGGAGUUCGCUCAGCAGGGUCUCAAUGCCGCCUUGUUCUUUGAGAACAAAGACCCCCGGACUUUUGUGUCGUUGGUUCCCACCUCAGCCCACAGCGGAGACGGGAUGGGGAAUCUCAUCGCCUUAUUGGUGGAGCUCACCCAGACCAUGUUAGCGCGCCGGUUAGCGCACUGUGACGAGCUGCGUGCUCAGGUCAUGGAGGUGAAAGCUCUGCCCGGCAUGGGAACCACGAUAGACGUCAUCCUGAUUAAUGGCCGCCUGCGGGAAGGAGAGACCAUCAUUGUCCCAGGGGUGGAGGGGCCCAUCGUCACGCAGAUCAGAGGCUUGCUGCUGCCGCCGCCUCUGAAGGAGCUCCGAGUCAAGAACCAGUAUGAGAAGCACAAGGAGGUGUCCACGUCUCAGGGAGUGAAGAUCCUGGGCAAAGACCUGGAGAAGACGCUGGCAGGGCUCCCCCUGCUGGUGGCCCACAGAGACGACGAGGUCCCCGUCCUCAGGGAUGAACUGGUGCGGGAGCUCAAACAGACCUUGAGCUCCAUCAAACUGGAGGAGAAGGGGGUCUACGUACAGGCAUCCACACUGGGAUCACUGGAGGCUCUGCUGGAGUUCCUGAGGACGUCCAAAGUCCCCUAUGCUGGUAUCAACAUCGGUCCGGUUCAUAAGAAGGACGUGAUGAAGGCGUCCACCAUGUUGGAGCACGACCCUCAGUACGCUGUGAUCCUGGCGUUUGACGUGAAGGUGGAGCGGGAGAGUCAGGAAAUGGCCGACAGUCUGGGGGUCCGGAUUUUCUCGGCUGAAAUCAUCUACCACCUUUUCGAUGCUUUCACCAAGUACAGAGAGGACUACAAGAAGGCCAAACAGGACGAGUUCAAGCAUAUAGCUGUGUUCCCGGUGAAGCUGCGAGUUCUUCCUCAGUUCAUCUUCAACUCCAGAGAUCCCAUUGUGAUGGGGGUCUCUGUGGAGGCUGGAGUCCUGAAGCAGGGAACGCCGCUCUGCGUUCCCAGCAAAGGGUUCGUUGACAUCGGCAUCGUCACAAGUAUAGAAAUGAACCACAAGCCUGUCGACACGGCCAAGAAAGGCCAAGAGAUCUGUGUCAAGAUAGAGCCCAUCCCCGGAGAGUCGCCCAAGAUGUACGGCCGCCACUUUGAAGCCACCGACAUCAUUGUUAGCAAGAUCACACGGGCGUCCAUUGAUGCUCUGAAGAACUGGUUCAGAGACGAGAUGCAGAAGUCUGACUGGCAGCUGAUCAUGGAUCUGAAGAAGACCUUUGAGAUCAUCUGAAGGACCUGAAACACUAAAUCUUCCUCCAUCAGAUGAAGCGGCAGCGGCGGGACAAAAAAGAGAAAAACAAGUUUUUCUGUGAGAAACGAAGCGUUUUUUCCACUGUUGUUAACAGUGAUAGUGUAGACACAUCUCUUUCACACACACACACACACACACACACAUUCAGUAUUCCAACGUGCCUGUUCUUUAGCAUCGUUAUCUUCUUCUCUUGGUCCCGGCUCGGGUUUGUGGCUGCUGCUUCAUGUCCCAGGCUCCGCCCCUUCCUCUCCAGAGUGACGCCAACGAGGACGACUGAGCGGCGGCAAGCCUGAAGGCGGAAACUUUUUUCUGAGCAGCAGUGACAACGCCCAGUUCAGACUGUGGACAGCUGACUCUUAGCUGUGCGAUCUGGCAGCCAUGUUGGAAGGUGGGGGAGGGGUGACUGACGGAGCAGAUUUUAAACUGUUUUUGCUGCAAAUGCUGAUGUAAUAAAUUCCCAUGAUUCUAA